AUGCAGGAUUUACGUGGAAAUCAACAGCUUUUUGGUGGUGCUUUGGUAUUAUUGCCAGGUGACUUUCGACAAACAUUGCCCGUGAUUCCACCUUCAACACCGGCAGAUGAGAUCAAUGCAUGCUUGAAGUCUUCCCCUCUGUGGCGAUAUGUGCAAAAAUUGACAUUACACAUGAACAUGCGUGUUCAGUUGCACAAUAAUCGCUUUGAAGAUCGGUUCUCGAAGCAAUUCGCAAUGAAUCAAGAUGACACAGUGAAUUAUCCAGUUGAAUUUUUGAAUUCAAUGGAACCGCCUGGUAUGCCACCACAUUGUUUGAAUUUAAAGGUCGGCUCAUCAAUUAUUUUACUACCGAAUUUAAAUGCUCCAAAACUGUUGAAUGGCACAAGACUGGCAGUAAAAAAAUUUAUGGCGAAUUUAGUUGAAGCAACAAUACUGACUGGCAAAGCGAAAGGUGAAAUUGUGCUCAUACCACGUAUUCCACUGAUAAAAACAGACAUGACGUUUGAAUUCAAGCGUUUGCAAUUCCCAGUGCGUCUAGCAUUUGCCCUGUCCGUCAACAAGGCGCCAGGACAAACUCUUCAAAUUCAAGGACGUUUCACCAUCGAGCGGCAAGGACUUCUUUCCGGUAUAACGCUUUCGUCAGAUUAUUUAAAACGGCAAUGA